AUGUUGCUACGACCAGCGAGGCCGGCGCAUCAGGCUGAAUCGAAUAGCCACCACCACGUGGGUAAGCCGAGAUUCAGGUGGAGCCGCCACGUCAGCGCAUCUUCGUCUCCGUCACGUGCCGCGUUGGAUAGAGUUGCUGCCAGCUUUGUUGUCUCCGUGGCAGCAACAUGCUCACGGAAGGGGCUGCAGUUCUGCCGGUCUAGAUCGACGUUCGGGUGGCGAAGAAGAAGUGGGAUUGUCUGCAAGGCCCAAGCCCUGGACCACGAAACUGAUGUGGUCGUGAUCGGAAGCGGCCUUGGCGGCUUAAGCUGCGCAGCCGUUCUGGCGGCAGCUGGUCGGAAAGUCACUGUAUGUGAAUCUCACUACAGGUUGGGUGGCGCCUGCCAUACUUUCACCGAGAGGGUCGAAGACAUCGGAGAAUUUCACUUCGAGUCGGGGCCAUCGCUGUACAGCGGCCUGAGCUUGGAAGCAAGCCCAUCCCAAUUGAAGCAUGUGUUCCAGAUCAUCGGCAAGGAGCCUGAGUGGAUUACCUAUGACCGGUGGAAUGCCUUCUUGCCCGAGGGCGAAGUGAACGUUGCAGUAGGCUAUCAGGAGGUGGUCAACAAGCUGCUGCCAAGAUAUGGAGGUCCCGAUGCGGUGAGCCAGUGGCAAGAGUUGAUGGCCGAGCUGAAGCCCAUGUCCGACGCCCUCUACAACAGUCCGCCCUUCGGGGCUCUCCGAGACGAUCCCUUCGCACCCAUUACCUUGGGCAGAUAUACGAGGCGCCUCCUUCCGCUCUUGUUCGGGAUCCCUGGAGGGGCGGCACGACUGAGCCAGCCUUUUGAGGCCUUCCUGAAGGAAGCUGGUGUCACAGACGAUUUUGUCAGGAACUACCUCAGCCUCUUCAGUUUCCUGCUGCAGGGGCUCCCAAGUUAUGGGUCCCCAACGUCCAUGAUGGCUUACAUGAUGGCCGAUCUCUACCGCAAGGGUGGUACAUGUCUGGAUUAUCCGAAGGGCGGCUCCGAAUCCAUAGUGCAGGCGCUCGUUGAUGGCAUCCUGGAGACCAGUCCUUCUGGAAAGGUGCUGACCAAGGCACACGUCGAGGAGAUCCUCGUCGAGAGCGGCCGGGCCUCGGGCGUGCGGCUGCGCAGUGGCGCUGAGAUUCGAGCCCGAGAGGCCGUGGUUUGCGGAACUGACAUCGGCGUUGCAAAAGGCUUGGUCAAGGCCGAGGUUCCUGAGCUCGAGUCCUUCUUCGAGGAGCAAUGGUCCAGCUUCGAGCCACUCAAGUCCUUCAUCCAUGUUCACAUGGCUUUUCGAGGAGAGGGUCUGCCGCGACGGCACUGUCCAGAGUUCCCGGCGCAGUGGGGUGUGGUGAACCAUUGGACAGACCUGGAAGCGCCCAGGAACUGCGUGCUAGUCAGCGUGCCAUCGCUGCUGGACAACUUUGCCCCGGAGGGCUACCACAGCUUGCACGCCUACACCCCUGCGACUGAGCCCUGGGAAGACUGGCAAGAUCUCUCUCGCGAAGAGUAUCAGCAGAAGAAGAAAGAAGCCGGGGACUUCCUCAUCUCUGCGAUCGAGCGUCAAGUUCCCGACAUCCGUUCAAGAAUUGUCUUCCAGAAGGUUGGAACACCACUGACACAUGCGCGCUUCUUGAGAAAGCCCAGAGGUGCCUAUGGCUGGCGGGUGCUUGCAGGCUCCAACCUUCCAGGGCACACGACACCGCUUCCAGGACUGCACCUCUGUGGGGACUCGACCUAUCCUGGCAUUGGAGUUCCUUCCGCAGCCAUGAGUGGCCACAUCUGCGCGAACAACAUCCUCUCUGUUCCAGAGCACUGGGCGCUGCUUGACAGGAGCGCACGUCUCGCACGCCUCGCACGCCCCCGGCCGCAGGCUGCAAUCACCUCUGCCGGCAAGGAUCUUGAAGAGAUCUUGAUUGAUGCGCACAGCGUGGCCGAUGAGGAGUUUUCCUCCAUUUGGAACAGCAUUGCUCAGAAGUGCAGGGACGGAGGGGUUCCUGGCCUUCGGGCAUGGUUGGCCCGGUUAAAUCUCACGGAUCACGUGCAUGCUGCCGUCUUUUGGGCCGACCGCAUGGGAGCCUGCGCCUUGGAAGAGAUCGUGGAGAACUUUGAGGACUUCGCGAAGGACCUCGGCCUCGAAGGCCUCGAAGGCCUCGAAGCAGAGGCAGAGGCAGCAGCUUGCCGCCAUGCAGAGGAGGUGACAGCCGUAGACAAGCGUGCAGCAUGUGCAGCCCAGCGCAGGCGGCACAUGAAUGCGAGAGAGGCCGACGAGUCUUUGCUUUAUUUGCUUUUAAACUGGCCGGACCGCCAUGUGCCCUUUCAAAACUUCGAUGCCACUUUCGAAACAACACUCAAGUCCUUAUGCAACACUUGCUCCAGACUCGCGUCCUCCCUGGAAGAGUCAUUUUCUCGAGAAGUGGGGGAACGUUUGAAGGCAGAUCUGCAGUAUCUCCGAGUGAUGCGGGAAUACUUUGCACUUCAUCUUCCGCUGCCGCCAUGUCUGGACAGCCGCAACAAGACUUGGACGUUUUGUGGAGGGGCAGAGAAGUGGCUUGAUUUAGCAGGUGAGGCCUCGGCCUUUCCAGUAACUCUCUUGCCGCUCACACGUCCAGUGCGCCAGGCCAUGGAGCAAGCUGUGCUUGGCAGCACUUGGGGCUCCCGUGGCUCCCGUCUUCUGCGCACAUACGUUGCGUCGGAGAGUGGCCUCGCGGGAAUCGCUGACAGCAGGAGCCUCCUCCAACUUGUGAACUCCUCGAAGCAGUUGGUCCUGAAGGCCGCGCGGAGCUUUGCUGGUGCGAGCGGCCUGCCGGACUGGAACCGAUCAGGUUCAGAGGGCCUCGUCCCGCUUGCAAUCGUAAAGCAUCCCUCGCAGAAUAAGUCCGAAAUAGCUUUGCAGAUCCAAAAAUAUUUUGAAUUCAUGUCGAACACACGUGUCGCACAGGCGGACAGGUACUUCGGACAUGUGCUUUUCGGGUACCUGCUCAGCCGGCUCAGCCAGCGCUUUGAUUUGGUCCAGAGCUCCGGGUUGCUGAGUCUAAAUCCUGAUGUUCAACGCCUGAAGCUUGCAGCCCAAGUCUACGAUCACCAGAAGGAGCCCGAAUCCCGCAGGUUUUCACAAGAGGAACUGCAAGCGAGGCUGGAUGAUGAGGUCUUCGAACAGUUUGUUCGCACAUCGCUGGACUCUGAAGACUCUGGAGGUCUUAUGGAGGUCAGCCCGACAGCAGUGCAGGCUAUUCGCAGACAUACAGACCAGAUCUUCGGCAGAGGGCUGCGUGAAGAGGUCUUUGUUCCCUUGACGCGUGCGUCCCGCGCCUGUGCAAGCAAUGGUGAAGUGGCUGCCGGUCCCGAGAUUUGCAUGGAUUUUUUGUUGGAAGCAGCCCGCAAGUCCGAAUUGCGGAUGCUUUCGCUGAAUCUGGCGGCUGAUGAGCGCCUGAUGUGGCACGGUGGCUGUGAUGUACGCUUGUGCAGCAGAUGUCCAGAAGGCACCUCCAGCGAGCAAACCGUUGGAGCUCAAGCAGCCGGAGCCGUCCACGAGGGAGACUCUGAAACCUUCAGGUCCAGGCGAAGCCAGAACACCAACCAAAGACGAGCAGAGCCAAAAAGCUGGCUCGCCAUGUGCAGGUGUGCCAACGCCGGAGAAGUCGUGUCCAGCCCUCCGGUGCCGCGCAGAGUUGCGACAGCCUGCAGUGGCAGAUUUCAGAGUGGCUUCACACGUGACAAGGGCAGCAACUGGCAGCAGUACAACAACCUCUACCGACUCCGACUGAAGCAGCUGGCAGGUGCCUGUCGAGAGGAGGCAAAGCAGCAGUGGAGCUCCGUAGCAGAGAGAGGCUUCCUUCAGGAUCUCAGCGAGUUUCGAGGCGGCAGCGACGGAGAGAUCGUGGUUGUGGGGAUCCUCUUCAAGGAGCUGCACAACCGACCCAACGUCAUUGACGAGUACAAGGGCAGCAAAGCUCUGCUCAGCAGCGUCAAGGAUGAAGCAUCAGUGCUAUAUUCCGAGAAGGAUACGCUUUGGCUGGAGGACAGCGUCAUGCGAAUCCAGCUGGAGGUCGCGCCCGAGCUGCUUGCCGUGUUUGCCACUGGCUUCGUUGUGGCGGUGCGUGGCGUGGCGACACAGGCUGGCACCCUUAGGGUCAGUGGCGUGCAGAUGCCGAGGAUUCCGGUGGUACCCGUGAUGUCUUCGCCACAGACAAAGGGGCCAUACAUUGCGCUUGUAUCUGGCAUUGGAUUCGGCGACGAUAAGACUGUGGAGGCACGAAGACAAGCUAUCGAUUUCCUGCGCAAGGCCACGGGGCCGGCCAUCGAGCAAGUCGUGAUGUGCGGGGGCUGCUUUGCACCAAGCUGUCAGCUGGACGGCGAUUCAAAGGCUGUAGCGGUGGCGCUGAAGCAGAUGGACAGCGAGCUGCUGCCUCUUGUGGAGGCUAAGCCUGUCCAGGUCAUGCCCAGCUAUGGAGAACCGACGAAUGCCAGCAUGCCUCAGCUGCCGUUUCAUCGAAGCCUCUUUGGCCAGCUCUCCUCGUCCGCUGGUUUUCGGCCCGUGGGCAACCCCUGUAGCCUCAACUUCGACGGUUUGGAGGUCCUGGGACACUCUGGGGAGCCCGUCAAGGACCUGCUCCGCUGUGCACAGCUCCAGCCCGUAGAGGCGCUGAAGAAGUGCCUGGAGGCACGCCACUUGGCUCCCACCGCACCGGACACGCUCCUCACGCAGCCCUUCGAAGACUCGGACCCCUUUGUUUUGGAAUCCGUUCCUCACAUCCUCUUCUCUGGUGGCCACGAAAGAGCUGUGCACCACUGGCGUCCGUGUGCCCGCGGAGGAGGAGGCACCCAGUGCAUCUGUGUCCCGGCGUUCCACUUGCACCCCGCCAUUGUCCUCGUCAACUUGCGAAUUCUCAUCGACGCAGAUGUGAUCUUGAAAGUGAGCGGGGUCUUGCUUGGGAUUCGCCCUGGCGUCUUCACGUCUUGUCGGCAGAGGGUGGGAAACAAUGCUCCCAACCAGUGGCGCCUGGACAAGAGUGACGCUGAAGUCAGGAAGGAGGCGCAGAAGCGAGCAAGAGAGAGCUUCCCGGAGCGACCUCGCGUGUUUCUGGACGUCGAGGUGGCGGGGCAUCCAGCAGUGCGCGUCGUCUGUGAAUUGUUCUCGGAUCUGGUCCCCAAGACCGCCGAGAACUUUCGAUGUCUGUGCACCGGGGAAAUGGGCCUCGGGGAGUUUGGCAAGCCGCUGCACCUGCAGGGCAACGCCUUUCAUCGAGUGGUACCGGGGUUUGCCAUCCAAGGAGGCGACAUAACAAGGGGCGACGGAACAGGUGGCGAGUCUGUCUACGGCCCAACCUUCGAGGACGAGAGCUUCGACCUCUCGCACGACUCGGCAGGGCUGCUGAGCAUGGCGAACCGGGGGCCAAACACAAACAGCUCUCAGUUCUUCAUACUGACGAAGGCCUAUCCGAAGCUGGAUCUGAAGCAUGUGGUCUUCGGGCGGGUGGUUGAAGGCAUGGGCACGGUGCGGCGGAUCGAAGAAACCUGCGGCACAGCGGAUGCGGGAUCCGAGCUCUGCCGAUCACAGAAGCAUCACGGUGUGCUGGCAUUCCGGCCGGGUCUUGGUGAUGCAAAGGCCAUCAUCACGAACUGUGGAGAGCUGAAGGAGGGUAAAGAGAACGGAAAAGAGGAAGCACCGGCCAAGAAGCUCAAGGCUUCCGACAAGGUCCACCUGUACCACAUCUUAAAGAAGUACAAAGGGGCGAGAAAGCCCGAAACCUGGCGAGGUGAGGCGGUCACCUGCUCGAAGGGCAAGGCAAAGGUAGCCUUGGAAAACCUCCGCAAGCGGAUCACGGCAGCUCCGGCCAUGCAGCUCCUCUUUUUCGAGCUUGCGCGCGACCAGUCGGAUGAUCCAACCUGCAAGAACGGCGGUGACCUGGGGGUUGUCGAGCGCGGCAGCCUGCAGCCGAAGGUGGAGGAAGUGGGUUUCUCGCUUCAAAAGAACGAGCUGUCUCAGGUGUUCGAGGAUGAGUUCGGUGUGCAUCUCCUCCUCCGCUGUGACUAG